UAUAUAUAUCUCGGUCACUGCCUCGUGGACUCGUGGUCCGGGCAACGCAAUUCCGAUCAGAAGAGUGGGAGAGCCCGGAGCCCAGAGAGGCGGAGCGCUCCCGUUGGCCCUUCUCCACAUUGGACAUCGUCUAGCUCGAUCGGCGCGGCUGUUGAGGAUAAGAAGCAUUGCAUAAUUCGGAACCCUCAAAGUAAAUUAUGGGUCUCAUAGAACUCUUCGCCACGGCAUGUGUCCCGGUCUUUAACAUGCUUCUGAUAACCGGAGUUGGAUCAUUUUUAGCAACUGAUUUUGCUGGCAUACUAAGCAAAGAAGCAAGAAAAUAUUUGAACAAUAUAGUAUUUUAUGUAUUCAAUCCCUCCCUUGUUGCAAUAUACUUGGCAAAAACAAUCACCAUGGAAAGCUUGGCAAAACUGUGGUUUAUGCCAGUAAAUAUUCUUCUUGCUUUUAUCUUUGGUCUAUUCUUUGGAUGGAUUGUGGUAAAAGUUACAAGAGCACCUGCCAAGCUAAAAGGCCUCAUUUUGGGAUGUUGUUCUGCUGGCAAUUUGGGCAAUAUUUUUCUCAUCAUCAUUCCAGCUCUUUGCAAAGAGAAAGGAAGCCCGUUUGGAGCACCUGAUGUUUGUCAGGAUAUUGGACUAGCAUAUUCUUCACUCUCACUGGCUAUCGGUGCUGUUUUCCUUUGGUCGAUUGUGUAUAACAUUGUUCAUGUCACAUCAAACGUGACGGAAGGAGAUGAUAGUGCUCAAACAAAUGAAACAAAAGUGUUAAAUUCUGGAAAUGCUACAGGAGCUAUUGCAGAAGAGAACUGCUCCACCUCAAAUGACUGCACCGAUGAAUGUGCACUUCCUUUGAUAUCGACGAGCAUACGUCCAAUUAAAGAUAAGGAACCAAUGUUGGGGAGAGGAUGGAAGUUUUUGUCAUCAAUUUCUAAAACAGUUGACUUGAAGAAGCUCUUUGCUCCUUCAACCAUUGCAGUGAUUGUUGGCUUCAUAAUUGGAGGAACACCUCUGAUUAGAAAUGCUAUAAUUGGCGAAAGCGCCCCACUUCGUGUCCUGCAGGAAUCGUCUGAAUUGAUAGGUGGAGGCGCAAUUCCAUCCGUCACAUUGAUAAUGGGAGCAAACCUUCUGAACGGAGUACAAGGCGGGGCAAGUGUUCCACCGUCAGUGAUAGCCGGUGUCAUAGUUGUCAGAUACAUUCUGCUCCCGCUGCUCGGCACGGCGCUGGUGAAAGGAGCAGUCUGGCUGGGCCUCAUCCAGCCAGACCCCCUAUACCAGUUCAUCCUCCAUCUGCAGUACGCCGUGCCACCCGCAAUGAACAUCGGGACUAUAAUGCAGCUGUUUGGCGUUGGGGAGAGCGAGUGCUCGGUGAUCUUUGUGUGGGUGUAUGCGCUCGCCUCCGUCGCCGUGACCAUCUGGUCCGCCUUCUUCAUGUGGAUGCUGUCGUGAACUCGCGUCAGGACACGCGAGGCUAGAAGCGUUAGAGAUUUGGGAAAUGGAAUUAAAACAUCUCUCGUUUGGCCACUAGAGAGAACUGGCAGCGUCUAUCUAAUGGAUGGAAACAUUUAUAUUAUUUAAACUAGCGUGCCAGUCCAUAUAUAGAACUUUGGCUCUCUUUGUUUAUUUCAUAUAAAACUCUGUAAUUUGGGCAGUGUACAUCCUCGGAUGUAGAGGCCGGAUUUUAUAUCCUUUAUUUAAAAAAUCUACAGGAAGCACGUGCACGGCC